UGGGGGAGGAAGGGGGCGCGAGGAGCCGUUUUCUGUGGCGGUGUUCUCCCUCACAGUGGCCUCCAUAGCGACACAGAUAACAAGUCAUUCCCACGAUACCACUAUACGAAGCUGUUGCCCCAUCUCUUACUUAAAAUGUCGGACAAACGAGAAGUCAACGAGAGUCAGUCAGCUUCGAUCGUCUAUGAUGUCUACGAACGGAAUCAAAAUAAAGGGCCACCACCAGCUUCACCGUAUGGCGCUACAGCACCAAAUGUGAGCUAUGCACCGAUGAUUGCCUCGGGCGCACCACCGUCUUACGUGGAGAGCUUGAGUCAUCAAGUUGUUGCUGGUCCUGGAGUUCCACAUCAGUUUUCUUCUCCUUAUGCGACUCAAGCUUCUGCAGCAGCCGUUUCUGCUGCUCAAUUGCAGAAUUAUAAGGAUUAUUAUCUCAAGCUUCAACUUCGCUCCAUGCAACAAUCACAUGGAGUACAAGCUGACAAUACCUCAUCACUACUACAGUAUGAGGAUGUAUAUCCACUUCUACUGUCAGAAUCACUCCAGAGCAUGGCAGCAGCCCAGCAAGCUCAGAAACUAGCUUAUUCCCAGCAGGCUUAUCAACAACAACAAACUGCUCUAUACAUGCAGCAACAGCAGCAGUUGUAUCUCCAGCAACUACAAGGGUACUAUCAACCUCAUGCUCCACCCCCAGGCGCAGGAGCCGGACAGGUACCAGGUCUGCAGCCUGGCCAGAAUGUUUUGAUUAUGAAUGGAUAUGACUCUGGGGCCCGUUUUGAUGGCAUUGCUCAACCCUCCAUCCCUCCACCACCACCUGGUAUUGCUCCUAAUGCUGCUCAGUUGGCUGCUGCAUCUGGGACUCAGGUGUCAAUGAGCCAGAAGAAGGGUUCCUUUUUAAAUGGUGGUGCAGGUGGAGGCUACACUUUCUUUUAAGUAAAAUUUAAAGGAGAGCCCUUUUAGUGAAGGUGUAUUGGUUUCAUAUUAGGUCUGCAGUUAGCAAAGCAAAUGACACACAGGGUUGCAAAAAAAAAAUUACUAAAUACGAUCUUUGAUAUUUAAUAGCGGGUUUUUCAGUAUGUUUAUGUUCAACUAAAUGUGUGUAUGUGUACUUUUUUUUUAAAUGGAUAAUCAGUUAGUAUACAGAGAUUUAGUUCCUUUAAAUAUUGCAAAUAUUUGAGCGAUUGAAUUUUAAAGGAGGUACCCUUAGAAAGUAAGAGUAUUAGAACAAGUAAAAUUGUUUCUACAAUUGGAAGGAGUGUGGAGCCAGUGCCUGUGUUACCGUAGACCUGUAUGUGGCAUAUCAGGUUAACAGGUUAAUAUCUUCAAUGUCUCCCCUUCUAUAUCCCCUAGGGAUUCAAACUGUCAACCCUCUAGACACUGAUUUGAUUAACCUGCAUGCAUAUUUGUGUAUAGCGAGAUAAAGUUGACUUUAUGGUCUGAAAGUAGUCAGGCACCCUAAGGGGGGUUUCUUUGGUUCAAGUGAUAUUUGGCGUCGCUGCCUGGAUUUUAGCAUGCUGUUUAAGUCUCGGAAGUUAGAAGGGUUCAAAAGGUUUAAGUUUUUGUUGGAGUCAAAUUUGCAUUUGUAUUGAUUUUUUGUGAAUUAUAUUUUGGAAGUUGCCUAAAAUGUUCAAGACUAGUGAUUAUUUUCUUGCUAUAUUUCUGUGGUAACAUUUUCUAGUGUAAAAAUGCUUUCAAUUAAGCAGUGCAGAACGUAACAUGACCACACUUGUCUCUGUGUCUCAUUAUUGUUGUCGUUAAUAUAAUUUUUUUUGUUUUUGUUAUCUCGCAAUUUUCUUAUUUUAUCACAGCAAUAUCGAGUUUAAUACUGUACUUCUUUUUUGUCAGAUUAGGAUAUCGUAGUUUGAAUAAUUGAGUGAAGGUCGUAGUAAUAUUUUCCAAGAUUCUUUCUAUAUUGAGAUAAUGAAUAUUCAGAAUGCAGACCCAUAUUUUCGUAAGUCUGUUCCUUGAAAGUAUGAAUUGCAGUUAUGUUUCUUUGAGAGGCAUAUGCACAUUCUAAAUAUGAUCAACCAAAUCAUUCAGUUCAUUGAAUAGUGUCUAUAUUGUCUCUGUAAUGUAAAUAAUAGUCUUGUUGAAAUUAACAGUACAUAACAUCAUAUUAAAAAUUUGGGCAAUCAGUAGGUCUUGUUGCUGUUAAAAAAAAAAAAAAAGUUUAAUAGCCUAUAUUCUGUAUAGAAGUAACUGUUGACUUUUAAAUUUUGUAAAAGGAAUCCUCACUUUUCUACUGUAUUUUGAAAGACAGCACAUUGCAACCUUUGUUUCAUUGAUGUAUAAAAACGUACUGGCAGUUUUUGUUAUAUUUUGUGGGUUAGAUUCUCGUUUUUCACACCCAGGGUUUAAAUACCAACACAUACAUAUUCAAUAAUAUGACAAUGAUACAUACUAAUCAUGAAGUUGUAUGUAUGUAUUUUUGUAUAUACAUGUAUUAUGUAUGUAAAUAUAGUAGGAAGUGAUAGUUAAUUAUCUAUCAUUCCGUUUAUUUUAGGGAUUCUCUAGUCCAAGAAAAGCACAUGUUGUGGACCUUUCAAGAAUCCCUUCUCAAUUCUGGUCAGGGUGCUCUUGUAAGACGGAGUGACGUGUGAAAUCCGUGUGCCAGUGACCAAGAAGACUGAAUCAUCUGUUGUAUUUACUUGCGUGUGUGUGAACAUUGCAUUGAAUAUUAGCCCAGUUGCAUUGACUAGGAUGUGCGCAUGGUAAUUGUAUUGUAAGGAGUGGUUAGAGAAAGUUUUAAGACAGAGGUUAUAUUCUCUGUUGUUAUAUAGCUAUUCCUUAGUACAUGAGUAAUGGGAAUUUUGUAUGCUAUGGCAUUAUUAUUCCUGUUUGUAUUAAUCACUGCUAACUUGAUGUAUUCUUACUAAUUAAUAGUUUUGAAUCUAAGAAAUGUACUAUAAUCAUUAGAUAUUGUAAUUGUAUGGUAAUUCUUAUGAACAAUAAAAAAAUUGAUAA